CUGCCACCGCUGCCGAAACUACGAGUACGGAGGCCAGACAGGGCGGAAGCCAACCCGUGCAUUGGCGUCAUGAGCACAGUACUAGGCUGCUGGGCGUCACAGGGCCAGAUGGCGCAAGGGUGUGCCAUGCUCGAGCAGCAACUGCGGGCAUGCAUGGACGCAAAGAAACCCAUGGAGGCGCAGAAGAGCAGAAUCAACUCACACUUCUCGAGAUUCUACCCCCAGAUAAUAGGGCCGCACAAGCGG